UUUUCGCAAUCUAAAAUCCAAGUAUGCAGGUCGCCCGCGCCGUGCCCCGCCGCCUCCACCGCGCUGCGGGCCACUGCCGCGACGUCACUGCGUCCGCCCGCGUCAAGCCGGCUCCGGCGCCGCAGAGCCUCGGCCUCAUGGUCGUCGACGGCGCGCUCCUCCUCUUUGUCUGCGAGACCUUGAACCAGGUCGGCGGCAAAGAGCUUAGCCUGGAGAAGGCGCUCGCACCCAUGGCGCUUGGCGGCCUUAUGUUCCCGCUCUACGCGCGCAUUGACGCCUUCUUUUCGAUGAUGCACAAGCCGGUCGUCUCGGCACUCGGGAAGCGCAUCUUGCUCAUCAACGCCAUGUACAUCUCGCUGCCGCUGGCGUUUGACGAGAUCAUACAGUCGCAAACGAUUGCCGAGGUCGGUCCCGCGCGCAUGGCGUACAAGACGACGUUUGGCGCCCUCAUUGGCGUCUCGACCUUCCUCGGUGUGUGGGGCUCGUUCUUCGCCGCCCACUCAAUCCCACGCAGCAUUGCACGCCGCAUCUGCAGCGCGGUGGCGUGCGACGCGGCGUGGAAGACCGUGCGUCCGCCCAACGAGCCGCGCAUCCUGUACCCGACGCCGUAGGAAAGCACACCCUUACUUGCUUGCUUCAACUGCCUCGCUAUCGUCUAACAUUGAUUGCAUUCAAUCCUCA